GGGCGGGGGCCUUUAAGAGGCGCGGCCGCCGGCCCCGACCCAGACGCGGGCAGCGCCUGGACUCGCCGUCGCCGCCGGACACCGGCCGCCCCGCAGCGCUCCGGCUCCUCCUCUCGCGACCGCCCUCUGCAGCGAUGGACGGAGACGGGGACCCAGAGAGCGUGGCCCAGCCCGAGGAGGCCACCCCGGAGGAGGAGGAGGCGGCAUGCACGGAGGAGCCGAGCGCCGCCGGGGAGGAGCAGCCGGAGGACGGGGAGGCGGACGCGGAGGCGCCGGGCGAGGCCGCGUACCUGGAGGAGCUCCCGGAGCAGCUGCUGCUGCGCGUGCUGGCCGAGCUGCCGGGCGCCGAGCUGGUGCAGGCCUGCCGCCUGGUGUGCCUGCGCUGGAAGGAGCUGGUGGACGGCGCCCCGCUCUGGCUGCUCAAGUGCCAGCAGGAGGGGCUGGUGGCCGCGGGCGCCGAGGACCAGCGCGACCACUGGCAGCAGUUCUACUUCCUGAGCAAGAGGCGGCGCAACCUGCUGCGCAACCCGUGCGGAGACGAGGAGCUGGAGGGCUGGAUUGACGUGGAGCACGGCGGGGACGGCUGGCGGGUGGAGGACAUGCCCGGGGACUGCGGCGCCGACUUCUGCCACGACGACAGCGUCGGCAAGUUCUUCGCCUCCUCCUUCGAGUGGUGUCGCAAGGCGCAGGUCAUCGAUCUGCAGGCUGAGGGCUACUGGGAGGAGCUGCUGGACACCACUCAGCCCGCUAUCGUGGUGAAGGACUGGUACUCGGGCCGCAGUGACGCGGGCUGCCUGUACGAGCUCUCUGUGAAGCUGCUGUCGGAACAUGAGGACGUGCUGGCCGAGUUCAACAGUGGGCAGGUGGCCGUGCCGCAGGACAGCGAGGACGGCUGGACCGAGAUCUCCCACACCUUCACGGACUACGGGCCCGGCGUCCGCUUCGUUCGCUUCGAGCAUGCGGGGCAGGACUCUGUCUACUGGAAGGGCUGGUUCGGGGCCCGGGUGACCAACAGCAGCGUGUGGGUGGAGCCCUGAGUGACCCCCACAGCCUCCGUCCCC